AUGUCACUGGUCGUUUCCCGAAUCGCGCAGCUCGUGUCGCAGGUUGUAAUCAACGUUUCACCACAAAAUCCUCUCAAAGUGCACUAUGAUGCACCUAAUGUCGACUUCGUAUGUCCCGACGAAGAUUUAGCAGCCACCCUUCGCUGUGUUUCCCAGAAACUCGAAAUAGACUCUGGCAUCGUCUCACUGGUAGUGUCGAACUGUGCCGACAUUUUACCAAGAAUAUUACUUCCACUCGCCGGAGAACUCAGUCAUUUUCCCUUGGUUAUCCACAUUGAGGUUGAGCAAGACCUCUCAUCAGUCUUUCUCCUCCACAGUUCUUUUCCUUUCCUCCUUCUUUCCGUUAACCCACUUGAAGCACACGACAAUUCUAUCCUUGCUUCGUAUUUGGCCCGUUCAUCUAGGCAAGCAGUUAUCCACGUUUACUUUCGUGAUCGAAACGCGGCCGACAUUGAUAUACAUGUCAUGCUGGGAGAGAAGUUCAUCCUUGACUACGUCUUGAAAGACACCGGAAGAAAUGAAGUCGUGAUUGCUGAGGAUGAUGCAGAGGCACUAUGGAGAACAUAUAAAGACGCCAGUAGUCGUCUGUCUCACCUCAUUUCAACACGAACAUUACAGCCGUUCGGGUCUCAAUAUUCAGGACAAAAAUCCGAUGUUCAUACAGUUAUCUUCAUCAUAGGCAAUCAUUGCAUAUCUGAUAUAUCUCUUGCUGGUAUUCAAAUCAUAUAUCCCAAAAUCACGGUACCUCUUCCUUCUUCAUCUAUCCUUGAGGUCGUGCCAUCGCGUGCGGCUCGUGUAUUCAUUCUGGAACAGUUUCGGAAUUGGCCUACAAAAUGGACCCCGUUUCAUCUAGAGGUUGUCCGUGCCCUACAGCAGCGAAACCCGACUCCAAUAAUCCGUGGUGGCAUUCUUGGUCAUUACAAGACUAACAUUACUGACUCCGACGUUGAAACGCUGCUAAACUCCACCGAAGACCGCGUCCAGUUCGGGUCGUUCGUUGAUUCCAAUCCGCCCGCAUCUCCAUUGAUACCAAAAUACGAGUUGAGUUAUCUUAAAGUGCUCGAAAAUCUCUUUGACGUUCGCUUUCAACAUUCAAAUUCCCCCAAUUUAACUACACUACACGGGCAUCUUGCUACGAACCCCGAAUUUGCGCUAGGUCGGGUUCGCGGGCAGCUUGAAGAGCGAGCACGGCUGGUGAAAAUUACUGAAGAUGCGAUGACCAACUCGUCCACGAAUAACGAACUCCAUUCUCUGCUGAGUGAAUGGCUUAUUCACAAGGAUGACGUUUUUCAGAGCCGGACUUUUGGAGAAGAGAUCAUCCAAAGGUUGGAACACGAAAUCCGCAGUCCAAUACUGCACCAGAUGAUCGCUUUGAAGCAUCAUUUCACCUUACCUUCUCAUUGGAUAGUGGUGUCGUCGUCGUGGUCCUAUGAUAUAGGCUCCUCAGGCUUGCAUCAUGUUCUCUCUUCCGGUCUACGUGUCAACAUUCUCAUUAUUCACACCACUUCCUAUAUGCUCAGGCAGUCGAACAAUCACCGACAGCAUGACAUUGGUCUGUAUGCUAUGAACUACGGUUCAGCAUAUGUCGCCAGUGUCGCAAUAUAUAGUUCCUAUGCUCAUACGAUACAGGUCCUAGUGGAGGCCGAUCUCUUCGAUGGACCGAGUGUUGUGUUAGCUUAUCUUCCCAACCAAUCUGACCAGACAUCGGCUGUGGAUGUACUCAAAGAAACCAAACUUGCUGUAGAUUCUGGGUACUGGCCAUUAUAUAGAUGGAAUCCUAGUAAAGACAUCGAGGGGGAAGAACCCUUUUCUUUGGAUUCCGACUCUAUUAAGAAUGACCUCGCCCAAUUUCUUGACCGACAAAAUCACCUAUCACAACUUGUUCGCUCGAAACCUGCCUUGAAUACCGAGAUAACUGGUAAUCUUGGCUACAGCCUGAAGGAAGCACGGCGGUUAAAGGCGCAGAAGACUUACAGUAAGUUGUUGCACACCGUAGAAGCGCCUUCCAUACGAAUCCUCUAUGCUUCUGAUGGAGGUACAGCUGAGAAAAUGGCAAAACGUUUAGUCAUUCGUGGGAAGAUACGGGGCCUGGACGUAAGCAUUGCGGCUCUCGAUUUAAUAUCGCUAGAUGCCUUGAAAGAUGAAGACGAACAUGUUAACGUCUUCAUCACGUCCACCGCUGGACAAGGUGAGCCCCCUCAAAAUGGAAGGAAAUUCUUCAAAUCCCUCAACACUGCGGCGAGUAUUGUGGAAAACAAGGCGACACUUUUUUCCAAACUGCGAUAUCUCGUGUUUGGUCUAGGCGAUUCCCACUAUUGGCCUCGGGAUGAAGAUGCUCGUUACUACAACAGACCGGGCAAAGAACUUGAUCAUAAAUUAGCCUUGCUAGGCGCGCAGCGGGUUCUAGAUCUACAUCUAGGAGAUGCCCAAGACGCAGAUGGUCCCGAAACUCAAUAUAAGGUAUGGGAAGCGCAGAUCUGGAAAGUUUUCGGUGUCGAUACUGUUGAGGUAUCCGAAAAAGAGCCAGAUCCCAUAACCCUCGAACAUGUCAAAGUCGCAUCAAAUUUUCUUCGUGGCACCAUUGCUGAGGGGAUUUCCGACGUCUGCACCGGUGGUCUUGCUCCCAGUGACCCUCCGCUCACCAAAUAUCAUGGGAUUUGGCAGCAAGACGAUCGGGAUGUACGGGAGGAACACCAGGCGCAGGGUCUUGAUUUAGCGUAUAACUUCAUGGUCAGGACGAGGAUGCCCGGUGGUUCGUGUACGCCUGUACAAUGGCUGAAACUCGACCGCCUAUCCGACGAAUAUGGAAAUGGGACAAUGAAAAUUACGACUAGACAGACGUUACAAUUCCAUGGCAUUCUGAAGAGGUUCUUGAAGAAAUCAAUACAAGACAUCAAUAGAGCUCUCUUGGAUACCCUGGAAGUGGGCGGAGAUGUGAACAGCAACAUUGUGUGCUCAUCGAUUCCCACUAUGUCUGAGAUACACGCUCAGGUUCACAGUUGUUGUAUGGAAAUCAGUGAACGCUUGAUGCCUCGUACUACGGCCUAUCAUGAAAUCUGGCUUGACAAGAAAAUGGUCGCUGGGCAUGCAAUAAAGGAUUAUGAACCAAUAUACAGUGAGUGGUACCUUCCAAGAAAGUUCAAGAUUGCCAUUGCUGUCCCUCCCACCAAUGAUGUUGAUGUUUUCACAAAUGAUUUGGGGUACAUCACUAUUGUUGAUGACCGUAGUAGAAAUGUCAUUGGAUAUAAUGUAUUGGUGGGCGGAGGCAUGGGCACAACUUUGGGCAAUCAGAAAACAUACCCUCGGGUUGCAAGCAUCAUUGGAUUCUGCACACCAGAGCAAGCUGUUGAUGUAGCCGAAAAAGUUACUUUGGUGCAGCGCGAUUACGGGGAUCGGAUUGACCGUAAGGCUGCCAGACUAAAAUAUACAGUGGACCGGAUGGGCCUGGAUGAAUUCAAAGCAGAAGUUGAAAGGCGUCUAGGCUUUUCUUUCCAAGCAGCUCGCCCAUAUUAUUUCACUCAAAACCUCGACCAAUAUGGUUGGUCCACAGGCGAGAAUGGCAAACACUACUUCACUGUUUUCAUUGAGAAUGGGCGGAUUCAGGACACUCAGAACAAGGGUGUUAAGACAUGUCUCCGAGAAAUUGCCAAGAUACACAAGGGAACAUUUAGAUUCACCACGAAUCAACAUCUUGUCAUCUCUGAAAUUGGGGUGGACAACUUGUCCAGCAUCAAGAACAUCUUGUCUAGAUAUAAUAUGGAUAAUCAAGGCCUCAGUGGGUUGCGAUUGUCCUCGUCAGCUUGUGUUGCCUUUCCAACCUGUGGUCUCGCUAUGGCUGAGUCCGAAAGAUAUUUGCCAUUACUCAUUGACAAGGUCGAAAUGAUAUGCGAAGAAAAUGGACUUCGCAAUGAUUCCAUUGUCAUACGAAUGACUGGUUGUUCUGCAGGAUGUACUCGACCUAACGUUGCAGAGAUUGGCUUUCUAGGAAAGGCGCCCGGAGCUUACAUGAUGCUUCUCGGGGGUGGUGCAUUCGGGCAACGACUGGCAAAGGUUUAUCGUGAAAACGUUACCGAGCCAGAUAUCCUGGCCAUCCUCAGACCAAUGAUCAAGCACUACGCUCUCGAUCGUCUCGAAGGCGAAAGAUUUGGCGACUUUGUGAUAAGAGCAGGUUAUGUUCCAGCCGUGACUUCUAGCCAGGAAUAUUGGAAAUGA